AUGCGGACUAGGAGGGCGCUGCUGCUUGACAGCCCCAACAAUUCCAAAAUUCCUUCACCAAAAUCAAAUCGUCUUCCCUCAAACAUUCCUCUGAGGACCUUAACCAAUCGAUCCGAGCACGGUGCCCAAUCGACGUCAUUGCUGGCCGGUCACCGAGAUCAGCACUCUCACGAGAGACGCUCCUCCGACUCUGUCGACUCCGACUCCUGGACUGAUACCGGUGAUAUCGCAGAGCAGUUGGCAGAUGAGGAGGAUCCUUUGCGGAAGACUCUCGCCGAUACCUCCGUGAACGAGGACCUAUUCUCGGGGGUUCUGAAACGCCAUCCUAAGCACAAACGCGUCCAGUUUAGAAAUUCCGUCUCUGAGCAUAGCAAUUAUCGCUCUUCUAGAUCCCUCUCUAGGACUAUCGAUAAAGAAGCGAUCGAGGUUCCCGAAGUCCCUCCACGGCGUCUCUCAAGAGCAGAGCGUUUCAUAGCCGCCAUCAUGCCAGGUGCCGGGAUACACGGCCUUACGGGCAAGGCCCUCAUCUAUUUUACGAGUAUAUUCGUCUCGUUAGGUGUUUUCCUAUUUGGAUAUGACCAAGGAGUUAUGUCGGGUAUCAUCACGGGCCCCUUCUUUAGAGAUUACUUUAAGAAUCCCUCGAAAGCAGAGAUCGGUACGAUGGUUGCUAUCCUCGAGAUUGGUGCCCUAGUAUCAUCGUUAAUAGUGGGAAGAGUCGGCGAUAUCAUUGGCCGACGAAGAACAAUUCUAUAUGGCUCUAUGAUAUUCUUCGUCGGUGGCGCUUUACAGUCUUUCGCUGCCAACAUGCCCAUGAUGAUGUUGGGCAGAAUCAUUGCAGGUCUGGGUGUUGGUUCCUUAUCAACCAUUGUGCCUGUCUACCAGUCCGAAAUCUCUCCCCCUCACAACAGGGGUAAACUGGCCUGCAUCGAGUUUUCAGGUAACAUUAUUGGUUACACGACAUCCGUUUGGGUUGAUUACUUCUGCGGCUACAUCGAAAGCGAUAUGUCGUGGCGCAUUCCUUUACUAAUGCAGUGCGUGAUGGGAGCCCUGCUGGGUUUCGGUAGUUUAGUCAUUGUUGAAUCUCCAAGAUGGCUACUCGACAAUGAUCACGAUGAGGAGGGUAUUGUUGUUAUCGCUAAUCUGUAUGGCGGCGGUGAUAUUCACAACCCAAAGGCAAGAGAGGAAUAUCGAGAAAUUAAGAUGAAUGUUCUACUCCAACGCAUGGAAGGCGAGCGAUCUUACUCGGAGAUGUUCCGACGUUACAAGACCCGGGUCUUCAUUGCCAUGUCCGCGCAAGCUCUAGCCCAACUCAACGGCAUCAACGUCAUCUCGUACUAUGCACCAUAUGUCUUCGAAUCUGGUGGUUGGAUUGGUCACGAUGCGGUCAAGAUGACUGGUAUCAAUGGUAUAACAUACUUCCUUUCAACAAUCCCACCGUGGUAUAUAGUGGAUCGAUGGGGACGUCGGGUUAUUCUUCUAACAGGUGCCGUCGCAAUGGCAAUAUCUUUAUCCCUGGUGUCAUACUUUAUCUACCUAGAUGUCGAGGCAACGAAAACAUUGGUGGUCGUUUUCGUCAUGGUAUACAACGCCGCAUUCGGUUACUCAUGGGGACCUAUUCCUUGGCUUUACCCACCAGAGAUCCUACCACUUAGCAUUCGAUCAAAGGGGGCAAGUUUAUCAACUGCUUCCAACUGGGCUUUCAACUGGUUGGUGGGCGAAAUGACCCCUAUUCUCCAAGAGUGGAUCAAGUGGCGACUAUACCUGGUGCAUGCAUUCUUCUGUGUGGUCAGUUUUGUAGUGGUGUACUUCAUAUAUCCCGAGACUUGCGGUGUACGAUUAGAAGAUAUGGACUCGCUCUUUGGAGAUGCUAGCACAGCAGUCGGAACCCCUGGCGUGAGGUCUGAGACCGGCUCUCUAGUUAGGGCCGGAUCUCCCGUCCCCUCGCUCGACCUUCGAGGACGGCCACUUGGUUCGGACGCUAAUAUCCCCUCAAUGGACAUUGACCCUCCUGUGCUCAACAUCGUAGAUGGAAAGCCGCAGCUACGGUCUGAAAGUCAAAGUUCACGAGGGCGGGUAGGCGAAUGGCUAACUAGGAUGGUUGGGCAAAAUCGUGGAGGUAGCAGCAGCCCAGCCGGAGGAGGCAGAUACGCGCCAUUAGACCAGCGAGAUGACUAA